AUGCGAGUCCUACCACUUUUGAUUCCGAUCUACAUCCUCCUCAGCUUCGCUGCUGCCGGCCCCAUCAGUUAUGGGAUCUGCCAAGCAGGAUGCGCGGCAGUUGUCAUGGCCUGCUACUCAGCCGCAGGCUUCACCUGGGGCGCAACCAUGGGAGCAACCGCACCUGCUUCUAUCCUAUUGUGCAACACAGCCUUUGGUAAAUGUCAAGCAGCGGCCGCAGCUGUUCUCCUAUCUCCGACACCAUAA